CCAAAACAUAACAUUUCAAUCAUGGCGAAUAUGAAAGCUUUUAUACUCUCGUCUCUCUUACUUGCCACCAUCACCUCUUUAGCUUUCGCAUACGACGAAGCAGGAGGAGGCGGCGGCGGCGGAAGAGAUCGGGAGCUGCAAAGUGAGCUCAAGCAAUGCCAGCAGCGUUGUCAGACUCAGCAUAGAGGACAGCGGCAGCAGCAGCAGUGCCAGAGCACUUGUCAGAGUCAGUACGAGGCACAACGACGAGAAGAGGACGAACGACAACGUAGAGAGCGUCGUGGAGAGAGGGAUGAGGAGGAGUUUAAUCCACAAGAUCCUCAACAACAACUCCAGAGGUGUCGACAGACUUGUUCUCAGAGGUUCCAAGGUGGCCAGGAGAAACAGCUAUGUGAUAGAAGGUGUCAACAGGUGUAUGAACGACAACAAAGAGAGCGUGGUGGAGAGAGGGACGAUGAGGUGGAGCUGAAUCCACAGGAUCCCCAGCAAGAACUCCAGAGGUGUCAACGAACCUGCUCUCAGAGGCACCAAGGUGGUGAGGAGGAACAGCGUUGCGAGAGGAGAUGCCAAGAGACGUACGAACAACAACAGAGAGAGCGUCGUGGACAGAGAGACGAUGAGGAGGAGCUUAAUCCACAGGAUCCCCGACAAGAGCUCCAGAGGUGUCAACAAACCUGCUCUCAGAGGCACCAAGGUGGUCAGGAGCAGCAGCGUUGCGAGAGGAGAUGCCAAGAGACGUACGAACAACAACAAAAGGAGCGUCGUGGACAGAGGGACGAUGAAGAUGAGCUUAAUCCACAAGAUCCCAGACAACAACUCCAGAGGUGUCAACAAACCUGCUCUCAGAGAUUCCAUGGUGCUGAGGAGCAGCAGCGUUGCGAGAGGAGAUGUCAAGAGACUUACGAGCAACAGCAUAGAGAGCGUGGUCAUGGGGACAGAGACAGUGAUGAGAUGAAUGAUCAUCAUCGUGAGGACCCUCAACGACGAUUACAGAGGUGCCAGCAGGAUUGUCGUAGCCAGUCAAGGGACCAAAGACAGGUUCAAGAGUGUCAGCAACGUUGCCAAAGGCGAUAUGAAGAGGAGAGGCAGAGACAGCAAGGAAGGGGAAGGGAAGAACGAGACAACGACGUUACAGAACGAGAGCAGAGAGAGAGUAGGAACAACCCUUAUCACUUCCAGUCUCAGAGACUACAAUCCCGGUUCCAAACCGAUGAAGGUCACCUUAAGAUUCUGGAGAAGUUUUCACAAAGGUCUGAGCUUCUCAGAGGACUUGAGAACUACAGGUUGGCAGUUCUAGAGGCUCAACCCAGCACUUUUGUUUCUCCACACCACUGUGAUGCUGAUUCUGUCUUGGUCGUUACUCGGGGGAAGGGAACCAUCAAUGUAUUGAGUCAGAACAACAAAGAGUCUCACAACAUUGAACGGACUGAUGUAGUUAUUGUCCCAGCUGGCUCUACUGUUUACAUGACCAACCAAGAUAACAAAGAGCGUUUACAGAUAGUAAAGCUCGUCACUUCUAUCAACAUCCCUGGCCAGUUUGAGGAAUUAUUCCCAGGUGGCUCGGCAGAAAAUCCUCAAUCAUAUUUCAGCGCAUUCAGUAACAACCUUCUUAAGCAAUCACUGAGUGCCACUGAAGAACAGAUAGAGAGGCUCACAGGAGAGCAAAGGCAGGGACAGAGGCAAGGCCGAAGGGAGGGGUUUAUCAAAAGAGCCUCACAAGAACAACUGAGGAGCUUGAGUCAGCACGCUACUUCACCCAGAAGAAGAGGCCGUGAAUCUAGUGGCCCUGUCAUCAGUCUCCAGAACCAGUCCCCUCUAUACAGCAACAGCCAUGGAAAGUUCUACGAGGUUAAUCCUCAGCAGAACAAGCAGCUCAAGGAUAUGGAUGUGUUGGUCAACUGGUGCGAGCUCAAUCAAGGAACUAUAAUGGUGCCUCAUUACAACUCCAAGACAACAAUUCUUGCCAUGGUUGUGGAAGGAUCUGGGCGCAUGGAAAUGGCUUGUCCUCACCUCUCAAGGCAGAGCCAAAGGAGAGGAGAACAAGAAGAAGAAUCUCAAAGUGGACAAAUCGAGAGGGUCACUGCUCAGCUCUCACCUGGGGAUGUUUUCAUCGUCCCGGCAGGUCAUCCUAUCGCCCUGGUCGCCACCAGUAAUGAGAAACUCCGCGUGGUCGGAUUCGGAGUCAAUGCAAGGAACAAUGAGAGAAACUUCAUUGCUGGGAAAGACAACAUAAUCAAGCAACUUGAGAAAGAAGCACAGGAGCUUGCCUUUAACAUGCAAGGAAGUGAGGUUGAACAGAUAUUCAACCAGCCAAAGCUGUCUUAUUUUGUUCCUCAGCAGCAGCAGGAGGGACGUGACCAAAGCCACCCUUUGUCAUCAAUUUUGAACUUGGCCGGAUUCGCUUAAGGGAAAGACAGUUUUAACAUGUGAUAGAAGCAUGUAAAGGAGACCUGGUUUUGGCGUUUUUUUUCUUUUUUGUUGGUGUAUGUAACGUUUUGGCUAGCUAUAGUUCACCUUUAGUGUGAGCCUAGCUUAUGUGUAACGGUGAAAAACAAAACAGAAGAGAGCUGUAGCUUUCUGCUUAUUAUAUAAAUAAAAGAAUGUUUUUCUUGUCAAGCUA